AUGACUCUCCAGGUUCAGGUAUCGCUGCCCGCUGCAAGGGGAGGCUCGGGUUGCAGCCAGCGCGGCCCUGAUGCGGCCGGGUAUCCCGUCAACAGGAAUUUGUAUAUGAUAGCAAAUGGUGGACAAGCAGCUGUCAGACAAAGUAUUCACCCUCAGAGCCGGAGAUUCCCACCAAUCCAUGCUUUGGGCAAGUCGGGGGAUGGAAAGUCAUUGCUGAGCAGCCUUAUGAUAGGGGGACCUAACUUAGCCAAAGAGGACAGACUGGGGUCAGAGAACAAUGACCUGGAGAGGGACAUCAGUGGAAGGCACUUUUUAUUCGACAAGCAAAAAGACAGGUUUGAGCGAAGCAGGACUGUGAUUCCUCCACUGCCAAGAGAUUACCAUGUGCACAGACCUGGCAACCUGCAUCACUUCAGGCUCCCCAAGGAGCUGUCCCACAGCCAUGCAGUUGGGCCCUUCACCCUGGGCUCGCGUGAUAGAUACGAUCUGAACACAAGUCCAGCCUUUCUCUUUCCUUCUGCUGUAGUGCUCCAUGGCAGAAACACCCUCUCAGUUGAUAACUGCAAGUUCAACAGGCCCAAGGUGAAUUACCCAGCCUGCAACCUGUUCACUAUUCGAGACAAUCAGAAAAGUCAGAGCACCGGGUCUGGACCAAGUGACAAGGAGCACCCAACCUUCAACCUGUACAACUGUUUAUGA